AUGGCAGAGAGAUUUGAAGCUUUCAACACCGGUAUGGGUUUGGUGCAAGAACAAAAUGAUAGCAAGGGAAAGGUGGUUCGAAAAAAUAUUGUAGUCAAUCUGGGAAAUACCUUAAGCCUUCUUCCUAACACAACCUCAACUUCCAGCUCAAUUUGCAACAUUUCCUUAGCCAUUUCGCCUCACUUAGAUCCUACCUAUACCAUUCCACAAAUGCCUUCAACCUACACUCCCGAUCAAGUAGUGAUAAUUCCUAAUCCUCAAUUUUCCAUAGCCACCACUCAAUUCGGAAAAAGUAAGGAAAACGAACUGGCAAUAUCCCCAUAUAGGAGGUCUAGAAAGGAAAUCAAGUCGCUUUACCAUGAAGAUUUGGGAAAAGAAUUCCACAAUUUGAGGAAAGUCGUUAAUGAAGAGUUAUGUUCAAGGAAUUUCCAGAUUUUGAAGUAUGAAGAUUUAUGUGUGCAUCCAAACGUUGAGCUUCCGUCAGGGUACAAAAUACCUAAGUUUAACACUUUCAAUGGGAAGGGAGAUCCCGUCGCUCAUUUAAAAGACUAUUGCAGCAGAUUAAUUGGUAUUGGACAUAUUGAAGCCGUACGAAUGAGAUUGUUCAUUCAAAGUUUAUCAGGAUCAGCACUCUAUUGGUACACUAAACAAGAUUUUAGCAAAUGGCUUACGUGGGAAGAUAUGGCCCGCGGAUUUAUAAAGCAAUUCGAGUUUAACAAUGGAGGCGAUCCGCACAUAGCCGUUUUGCUUAGAAUAAAGAAAACGCCACAUGUGUCUUUCCAAGAAUAUGCCAUACGAUGGAGGUUAGAAGCUUCAAAAAUACAUCCUCCAUUAUCCGAGAGGGAAUUGAUCUCAACCUUCAUCCAAAUUCAGGAAGACUUAUAUUAUGAUAAGUUGCUCGGAGCUUGUGCACACAACUUCUCUGAUUUGAUUAGGAUUGGUAGAGAACUGGAAAAUGCCAUUCAAGAAGGGAGAAUUACAGAUAGCUCAGCAACACAAGCCGUUCACCAAACCUUCCAAGCGGAGAUACUAGGAAAUUUGCAAAGUGAAAUGAAGCAAAACCAAUUUGCUUCCACGACUAUGCAUCAAGCGCAAUGCCAUAAAAAUCACCAAAUUGUUCAAUCUUAUGCCACUAUGCAAUGUCCUCGUCAGCAAAACUCCCAGCAAGGCUACCAACGACGGGUUCACCAAGCACAAUCAAGCUCUCAACAUAAAAAGAAGAGGAAAUCAUUUUUCUUCACUACUCUAAAUGAACCAUUGGCAAAUAUAUUUAAGAGGUUGAGUGCUAAGGGUAUUCUACAACCAAAGAAGGGAUUUAUACGUAAGCAUCCACCGCCAAACUUUGAUUUAUCUAAGAGUUGUGCUUAUCACUCAAACAUUCAAGGACAUGACAUUGAAGAAUGUCCAGCACUAAGAUUUAAGAUUCAAAGCAUGAUUGGAAGUGGCAAGAUAAAGCUACAGCUAGAGCCUUCAACCGGUAAUAUUGCAAACACAAAGACAACUGUUGUUAAGGGUGAUUCAUCGAAACUGGCACCAAGAUUACUAAGCAGUGUUUCUUUCAAUUGCAGAUUACUGGUCCUCUCUGUUGGUCUACUGGUUGUUGUGGAGGAACAAUUGGGCGGUGAACAGCUUCGUGACGCCAAUCAUGAAGAAUCCAACGUAUCUCCACCAAACGGAGAUAUGCCUCAAAAUCUUGAGCAAACAGCAGUUGAAAAUCUUGAGCCUAUAAGAUGUGAAACACCUGAAGCUCAAGUUUCUAAAGAGGGUGAUGAACGCGCUGUUGUUCCUCAUAUUGGUGUUAUGCCCGAGCCUAUUAAAAUGGUUGAGCCAUUGAGGACCAAACCUGCCAAUGCAGACGCGGUUUAA